AGGAUUUCUUCGAGCGUACCGAAGAAGAGGUGGACCGGAAGGCUUUGAUGAACUUCAGUUUGUUGGCACCUCGACGAGGAGAUACGAUUAGGAAGCUGCUAGAAGAGGAGGCGAUUGAUCGCAGCGAGAAGUGAGUGCAAUAGGAAAAUGGCCAGCUCUAAAAUAAAGUAUGCAAAGUUAAGAUUGUUUAAACCAUCUCCGUCUGCCAGAGGCGAUAGAAAUUCUAAUUCACCACUAGAAAAUGGGGAAUGUCCGAAGAGUCCUCCACUUAAAACGAUUGAGCAGAUGGAGGGCGAAAUCAUUGAUCUUUCCGUCGAGGGUAACGACAAGGAUGUAGAAGCCGAUAAAACUAUUGUCAAGCGCACACGGGUGGAUUCCCUGGAAUCGACGGAUAAACCUAUGUUAAAGUUGCCGAAGCUCCCGAAAAAGCCCCAAGAGGAGGGAAUUAUCGGCAAGUUUUUCAAACCUUCCGAAGACGACUUCGAGGACACUAAGAAGGAGAGUGUUCCAAAGCGAAAGGCCAACGCACAAAAGAGUACGAAGCCUCGCAAACCCAAAGCUCCACGAAGACCGAAAGAUCAAUCCGAUAUCCGGAAGGUGUUCAAAAAAUACAAAGACAGCGACGGAGACCAGCUGCUGCAGAACCUCAUGCUGGAGCAUUCGGUUGCUGAUCGGCUGGAUCCCGAACAGCUGCAGAUUGCGCUAGCAAUGUCCCGGUCGUUGGUCGAUCAGAGUGGUGGCUCCCAAGUCGCCGUUGAACCUAUCCCAGUGGACGAUGAAGCGCAAGAUUCCUUCGGAGCAAGUUCCGGCUCGAUCGAGGAACGUCGCAUCCAGGGGAUUCGUGCCACACUCGAACAGUAUGGCUUCAAGUGCAAGAGCAGUUACAAUGAUUAUGAUUUGAAUGUGAUGUUCGGGACAAAAGCGGCGAAACCGAAAAAUACUAGGAAAUUUAAGCUCAAACGGCCAACGCAGUUGGUUCGAAGAGAUCGUGGAGGAUUGGUAGCUUUUAUGACUGCGCAGGCGGAGCGGUUGCUGAAGGAAGAGCUUCAACGGCCGCUUGCGGAUUGUACUGAUGUAAAUAUUGAGACUAGAACAUAUGGCAGCAACAUUUUUUGGAUGAACCAGAAUGGGGAAGAAAGCGGGAAGAUUAUGUCCGAAUAUUAUGUGGAAGGAUUGAUGGAAGUAUGCUCAGUGAAGGCUGGUUACUUACUGAAGGAUUGGAAGCUGAUUCCCGGCCGAGAUGUAACUCCUGAAAGAGAAUUGAUAACAGGAAUUUCAGAGGAAGAGAGACAUGAAAUAAUCCCACAAUUCGUAGCUUGUGAACCAAUUGAAAAUGAACAGGACGCACUUCUUGAUAUGGACACAGUUUCGGAAGAAUAUAACCAAAAAUAUAACCACGAAGCGCCAGUUUGUUCGAGGGAUAGGACAAAUUUAGUCAUACCGUCCACGCCGAAGCGUUCGGCUUCGCCGGAGUUGUUUGCUUCCGACAGUGGAGACGAGGAAAGGAUUGCCGGAACGCAUCCAAUAGAUCUGGAGGAUGAGGUGUGCGAGACGGCAGUGAAUAAUGACGACGAAGAACCAAAUAGUGUGAAUACAUCGGCGAAUCUGCGAUGUACGAGCUCGGAGAAUAUCUUUGACGAUACCGACCCCAUUGUGCAUUACGAACUCUACUCUAGUGAUGAAGUGAAGAUCUCUACAACUGGACAGGAAAAAUCUACCUCUGAUAGCCCGAGUCCACAUGGUCGUCCCCUCAUGGCCGCUCAGAGGCAGGAGCCUAUAGAAAAAGACGCCGUUAUAUUGCUGAGUUCAGAGGAAAAUUCCAACCAUGCCGUGGAACAGCAGAAAACCAUCCAAAGCGCAUCCAAGCGAGCUCCUACGACGGCAAUUGACAGCGGGAUAAUGGAGAAAGAGCAGCGUUUGGACGGUGAUUCGUUUAUUUCGCCCGGAAAGAAUCUUUCCUUCCAUGCACUGGCGUUGCAGUACAAACUGCGUCACGUUUCGCUUGAUAAUGUAGAAACUAUCAAUCUGGAGGUCGAUGGUGCUGAGGAAGAAUGCGUUGGUCCAGAAACUGGAGAAAACAAACGACCAGAUGAGGGGGGCGAAGGCAUUCCAGAUCCUAUAUCCAAUCACAGCGAAAUAUCAAUGCACUCCAAUGCAACCGACGAACAUUCCGAUUGCGACGUUAUGAUAGUUUCGGAUGACGAAGUGAAUUAUUCCGUCCGACAGGAGCAUUCCAUACUGUAUAAUGAUUCCCCUAUUGUGCCUGAUUAUGUGAACGAUCAAAGUAACAAAGAUGACAACCCUGGGGAAGACCUCGAUAGCACGAAAGAAUAUUUCAACAUAGAAGAAUUCAAGAAUCUCCAAGCCGUAGUAAACGCUUCCCAAGUAAUGACUGACGAUGUUCAUUCGAUUUCUUCUGACGAAGAAGUCACCAAGGAAGGGAUUGAAACCACACAUACCAAAGCUAACAAUACGAUGGCUUUCCUGGACGGACUUGUUGCAAAAUUCAACCUUACUCCGGUAACUAACCACGCAGGCGAAGGCGACACACCAAAACAUUGCGCCCUGGAUGACUACCUGGAAAACUAUGAAAUACCCGAUUUCACCGUCGAAAUCCAUGAAGAUGCUGAGACAGCACCACUCACAACACCAGCUCCCAUCCCCUCGGAACAGCUAGACCAGGAGAUCGAACACAUCCUUAACCGGGCACAGGAAACGUGCUCACAGAUGCCCUCGUCUUCGCCCCAGAGCAAACCAAUCAAAAGGACAAUUUCCGAUUCGGCUCUGCUGGUAUCGAAGAAGAGUAAACCACGGCAGCAAUCCGUCAAGGAAAAAUUUAAAACACUUACGGCGCAAAUUGAACCCGAGCCGAGCGAGUACGAGAUCAGGCUGGAGAAUGUGAGCCCUCGACCCGAGUACGAUGGGAUGUCGUCGCCCCAGCUGGAACGUGAGCUAUACAAGUAUGGGCUGAAGCAGGCGAGCCGAUCGAAGGCUGUGAAAGUACUGAAUUUUAUGUACGAUCAGUUGCACCCGCUGGUUGAAGUUGUUGAAGUGGAAGAGGAGGCUGACGCAAAGGGGGAGGAGGAUCUGGAUCGUACAAUGGGUGCACGGGGAGAUCGUUUAGUAGAAACAAUGGAUGGUUUGAAGCUUGUUGAGAAAGGUGCAUUCGUUCCAGAGAUGGAAAACGAGGAUUAUAUUUUACCUUCGAAGCCAAGAAAAAAGACUUUCUGGUGCGCAGUACCGCUACAUAUUGCCUUCUACAACAUGGUCAAACUUGACAGUCGUCUCCACCAGCAGAUUCUAAGCUAUCAGCCAAUCGAACUGGAAGCAGUAUACAACCAUCUGAAGGAAAUUGGUCUGCGCUAUGAAACUAAUGAUUUGAUAGCGUUUCUCGACAGGCGAUGCAUCACAUUUCGCACUGCCCAGCCGGGCGGAGGCAGAACGAAAAAACCCGAACGAAAGAAAAAUUGAAUAAAGAGCAUAAUUUCCGGUGUCAGUUGAGAGCUAAUGGUAGAAAGUUUCUGGGGUGAUAAUUGUGUCUGUUUUGUUGUCGCUGCUUUAAAAAACAAAAGAUAAUUCAAGUUGUAAAUAUAUUUUUCUGCACUAUCGGAAACGAUAUCGAACCCGGUGGCUCAUAA